CGGAGCGGUCCUCGCACAUCACGCAUGCACGACGUGAGGAGUCCCCCUCUGCUUACACCGUGAAAACGCCCCUCCACUCUCCUCCGAGCCCUUCCCGACCGUGAGCCAUCCUCGCCGGCUUGUGUGUGUCCGCUGUACCCAGCCUGCAGGGCUUCAUCUCGGGGCAGAGAUAGAGGGGCGCUCUCUCUGGGGCGGUGGCAGCGGCGCGUCUUCCCUGCAUCCUCCAUGAUCGCAACCCGGACUGAAGCCUGACACAUUUGGACCUGGACGGUGACAGGACUGCAAUCCAUUUCUAUGACAACAGAGAAGGCUUUGGCUGAGGAAAUAAGGAGCGCGAUGGAGGGUGACGCCAGAAGGACCAAUCAGGAAGGAUUUUCUCCCGUCCAGGUUCCCGAGGACCACGGUGAAAUGGAUGAUAGCUCAGAGCAGACCCCCAGCAAAGCCUCCAAAUCCCCACAGAAAACCACCAAGCGACCCAAGACUGUCCCGGUCAAAGUCACUCUACUGGACGGCUCAGACUAUGACACUGCAGUUGAGAAAUUCGCCAGGGGCCAGACCCUGCUGGACAUGGUGUGUGGCCAUCUGAACCUGCUGGAGAGGGACUACUUUGGCCUGACUUUCCACGACACUGACAACUCCAAGAAUUGGUUGGAUCCCUCCAAAGAGAUAAAGAAGCAAAUUCGGGUUGGCUCCUGGAAUUUGGGAUUUUCUGUCAAGUUUUACCCUCCAGACCCAUCUGUACUGAUUGAAGACAUCACCAGGUACUACCUGUGCCUGCAGCUGAGGGACGACAUCCUGUCCGGACGUCUACCCUGCUCAUUUGUCACCCACGCUCUUCUGGGCUCCUACACUGUCCAGGCCGAACUGGGAGACUACGAGCCUGAGGAACAUGGCCCCGACUAUGUUAGCGACUUCCGAUUUGCCCCCAACCAGACACGUGAGCUGGAGGAGAGAGUGAUGGAGCUUCACCGUAACUACAGGGGAAUGAGUCCGGCAGAGGCAGAGGUGAAUUUUCUAGAAAAUGCCAAGAAGCUCUCGAUGUAUGGAGUGGACCUGCAUCACGCUAAGGAUUCAGAGGGAAUCGAUAUAAUGCUUGGAGUGAGCGCCAACGGUCUGCUAAUUUACCGAGACCGCCUCAGGAUCAACCGGUUCGCCUGGCCCAAAAUCCUCAAGAUCUCCUAUAAGAGAAGCAACUUCUACAUUAAGAUCCGACCUGGAGAGUAUGAACAGUUUGAGAGCACCAUAGGCUUCAAGCUGCCCAAUCAUCGGGCGUCAAAGCGAUUGUGGAAGGUCUGCAUUGAGCACCACACCUUCUUCAGGUUGGUUUCUCCAGAGCCGCCUCCCAAGGGCUUCCUUGUGAUCGGCUCCAAGUUCCGCUACAGCGGGCGAACCCAAGCCCAGACCAGACAGGCCAGCGCUCUCAUCGACAGGCCUGCCCCACAGUUCGAGCGCUCCGUCAGCAAGAGGUACUUGCUGCCUCGGAGCAUUGAUGGAGCCUCAGCUCUGGGUGAUAGCAUGGACCAAUUGUCACAGCGAAGCUCCAGUGAACGCACACAGUUCAUGUCCAGAGAAGACCUAGACCAAGAGGGGAGCCUGGAUCUGGACCAUGAGCAGUACCACUAUCAGGACCAAGACCAGGACCAGUUCACAGAUCAAGAGCUGGAGCCGCAUGAGGGUCAAGAACCGAAUCAGAUGCGGUGCUCCUCAACGCCCACAAAGACUUUAGAGCUUAAGAGUGAAGAGGCAGGUUCAUUUGUUGACUCAAAGCCAGAGGAUCUGGCCACCCCUCGGCCCAAACAGGAGCAGCAGUUCCUGGAUAAGCCAGAAGAUGUUUUACAGAAGCACCAGGCCAGCAUCAACGAGCUGAAGAGGGCUCUGAAGCAGCCCAACAGCAAGAUGGCCCAGAGGGAGAAACGCCUCUCCUCGGCUACCCCUGCUGGUGGAACCCCUGAGUGGAAAACAGAGACACCUCCCACACCUGCGAUUCAUGAGGAGCCUCUCAGCGAUAGGGAACCAUGGGAAAGGCGCUUGGGCUCUGUAUCGGAAGAUGACCAGGACCAAGACAUCCUGUACCUGAGGGAAACCCACCUGGGCAUCGAACGCAAAUGCUCCAGCAUCACGGUCAGCUCUACGUCCAGCCUGGAGGCCGAAGUGGAUUUCACCGUCCUCACUGACCUGCACACAGGCAUGGAGGAGUUCUCUAGGGGCAUGUCGGAGCUGGGAGAGAGGGAUCUGUCACCUGAUGGUGGUCUGUGCCUCAGCAUCGACUUACUUCAGCAGCACGGCCCUUCAGAGCCUCCUCCAUUAGUGUCAGCCCCUCUUUCCAGAGGAGCCAGCAGCAGCCCUCCGGCUAAACACACCCAGACUGAAGAGGUCAGAGGAGAGGUCAAACGGCCCGAUGUUCAGCCUGUAGUUCCCAAAAAACCAAAGAGAUCGGUGCCAGUGUCGUCGUCAGUUGACAGAGAGCAGUUGCACAGAGAAGCUGGCCGAGCCCCCGCUGUCACGCCACUGAGCAGGGAAGCCAGUGAUCUCAUGCCCACACCGGCAGUGAGGAAGACGGAUGUCAGGACGGAGACUCAGCCAAAUGGGUCAGAGGUCACCACAACCAUCGUGGAGUUCACAGAUCAGGAUCACGGAAUCGCUGGCCUAAGUGAAGUUUGUUACUCUACGAGACAGAGUGUUUCCCCUGUGCACAUGAGCAGUCUUGGCAGAGAGUCGUCAGGGUCGCCCAUCCUUGUCACUGAAAACGUUACCUCGGCUACCACUCACGUCUCCAAGACGGUGAAAGGAGGAUAUUCAGAGACCAGGAUCGAGAAGAGGAUCAUAAUCACAGGAGACGAUGAUGUAGACCAAGAACAGGCUCUGGCCAUCGCAAUACAGGAAGCCAAGCAGCAGCAUCCAGACAUGCAGGUGACCAAGGCGGUCGUUGUCAGGGAAACAGAAUCGUCCACUGAGGAUCGACACGGUGCAUCAGAGUGCUGAUUCGCUGUGACGAGAGCGCCCCCCUUUGGACCAGAAGCGCCAGUGAACUUGCCGCCCAACAUCCCUCCUGAUAGACUACUGCCAGCGGUGCUCAGACGGAGCCUCUUGUACAUGAUCACACACACACACACACACACACACACACACACACAGACAGAAAGCUGAACCAGGACUCCUUUCAAACGCUCCUGUUUGAUUUCCAUUCACUGUUGAACUUCACCUUUAACAGUUUGACAGUGAGGCUAAACUUCAAUCGUGGUCUUCAAUUCCAAACAUCUGGAGCAGUUAUUAAUAUGAUAUAAAUAAAACCCCCUCAAAGCUCUCAGGACCUCACUUGCUUCAGUCCUCUUCAAAGGUCAAAGGUCUUAAGCGUAGAAGGGGUUUGUUUUGAUAAUGUGUGCAAUCAUUCACAAUGUGGAAGUGACCCAUCUCAUACAGAGAAUAUCAUCUAGAGAAUUAGGAACGUGUAAAACAAACGGCCGUGCACACACAUAAGUGUUUCUUACAUGUCCGUCCUGCUGUAUUUAAUAACAAGAGAUCAUCCUGCUGUGUGUGUUGAAAACAAACCUCACUGUGUGUCCUUACACUUUGUCACAGACUCCAUCACAUGCAGCUCUGGUUGUGUAGAAGCAUCAAGUGGAGCGGGGUUUAGUGAGAGCAGAAGAUGCUCCAUGUUUAGUUUUCACUCCUGCACACCCAGUCACAUGAACUGAUGAGCGUCGUCCCACCCACCUCACACUGACUGACGAUACGCGAUCGUGCUGGGUCCACCGUUGCCCUGGUGUCCGCUCAGGACCAAAAAACAGAGCUAAGUCUGAUCCACAAACGUCCCUCUGUCUGUUUUAGUUCACCAUGAUGUGUGGGUGGCACGUAUGCAAGGACAACAAACCGCUGCACUGGGAUGGAUGUUGGUUGGAUUUCUUCGUACAGCUCUGCACAUUAGGAGUUGUUAAUACACACGGUGUAGCUGUUGUAUUUAUUCCAAUGGUGGCAAUGUAGUUUCUGAGUUCCUCUCCCUCUCCCAGCCUUUAGACGUGCUUUCUGAAUCCAGCUGGAUCUAGUUCCACUUUGGCCAUUUUCGUGUAGUAAGUACAUAGAGUAGGAUCACGCCCCUUGUUCAAGCAUCAGUAAAACUACUAUUUGAGAUAAUACUUGCAUGAUGAUUUCUUGCAUUAUUGGAUUGUAAUUGAGUAAUAUGGAUAUGAGAAGAAGGAUGGAUCACGACAUCCAGGAUCAUGAAGGAAAAUCACACAGAUGUAAAGGCCGAAUAAAAAUCUGAAGUCAAAUCUAAGCUUUGACGCAAUAGAGGAAAUUAAGCUUCCUGACAGGAAAUGAGGAGUAGUCAUGGGAAAAUGUAGGAAAGAUCGAGCACACAAUGUUUUCAGGUUGUUUGUUAAUCCCCAUGUCCAAUAAUAACACAUUAGCUACAGCUUGUUCAGUUACAGCCUUUUUUUCUUUUACAUUUCAAUUGAAUAUCCAGUCACUGGUGCUGAUCAAUAUAUCUUAACAUAUCUGUUGUUAAUUGAAGCCCCCAUGAAGGAACACUAAGUAACAGCCACUUUCUGCUGAGGUGACUGAUGUUUUUCCAUUGUUUUUCUUCAUCUUUUCUCUGCUGAACUCGUUUCGUGCAUCAGAGGCUUUCAGACAAAGUGCAGUGUUAGAGAUGAAUAAAACACACAGUAUGGGCAGCAUCCUUGAAUUUUACGUUGUGUGUGAUUUGGUGCAUGAAUGUUAGCGGGAUGCCAUAGACAUGUAGUGUGCCAAUUAAGGUAGCAGUCAAAUUGUACAAACUCUGAUUUUGUAUGAAAUAACUUUAUAUGAACAAUCUGCUUUUACUUUCACAAGUGCCCGAAAAUCAAACACAUAAACUUGGCAUGAAAACGUUUUCCUUUAAAAUUCUUGUCUCCUCUUGCAAAAAGCUAUGUAAUGUAUCAACACCCGCAGCAGCAAAUCAUUGGAUUAAGAAAAAAAAACAAUGUUAAAAACAGUCAUGUCAGGUUUAUGAACGGUGUAACUUUGGCUUUCAGACACUAAACUUUACAGUUAAUGUUUCACAUGUGCAGUGUAACUCCUGUCGUGUUUUAUAUUUUGGUUCUCACUCCUAAAGUGACGUUUUCUCAUGGAUGUGGGUGUCAAACUGGAAGGUGUGGAGGAAAAAAAAGAAUAAUGCAGUCGUGCAAAUCUUGUACUGUGUAUUUGGUGGCGUUUGGUGGAUUGUGACGAUGUCAAUUAGUUAAUGGCCAUGGGUUGUAUGUACACUAGGGGGCACCAGUUACCUAAAAGAUGAGCGCUUUGCAACAACACCGGGAACAAUCGACUGAAAGUCCUUCUCACUAUCGUUCACUGGGGGCAAAAUGAUCCACAUCAUCCUGGGGUCAGUCUGGAAGGUCACACUCACCUCCCCUCGGUCCAGAAUGGGGGCACAAGGAACUCUGACAAGUCGUGACCUGAACGUGAUUUAUGACACUUGGCUGCAGUUGAGGCUCUUGGUGCCUGACUGAUUGGGCGACCUCUGACUGACCCUUAAACCUCAAGCAGUCCUUUCUGUAAAGUGCCGUCUUCAUCCUCCUCCACAGCAGCUUCGUCUCCUCUGCUCUUCAUUGCUUGGUGCUGUAUCUUUGCUGUACAUUGUACUUGCAUUCCUUCCAAAU